CUGCUUUCUUGUUUUUAUCAGAUUCGUCAGCGUCUCAAAGAAGUGGUCCUAAGUCGGGCAAGGCACAAGCGUACUCGUGGUAGGCGUUCUCUUGACCUCGGACACAACCCUACCUACAUCACUCACAGUCUCCUUUCUUCAUCUGCUGUUGCGACCCCAACUUGCAUCGGCAGUAUCGGUAGCUUAAUGCCUGGACAGCCACCCACCAAAAGUUGUACAACAGCGAUUUCUGUUGGGGGCAGCGGCAACAGCCUGGAGCCCCUCAAUCUCGAGGUAUCUGGCCAGGUAGAUGAAACUUCUGCCAAUUCUCAGGCUCGAAUGAUGAUGAUGAUGAUGAUGGCUGCCACCGGCGACUUUGGCCAGGCGGGCUCCCUGAUCAGUCCUGUUCAGUUUCCAGUAGGAAUCGCCACAAGCACUGCUGCCAGCCCCACAACUACAAGCAUCGCGGCUUCUGGGACUACCAACCUGACCAGCUUAAGUGACACGACCACCCCAACCCGAGACCAUAAUGCUCGAUGGUUCUCGGGCUCAGUUAACUCCAACACAGCUGCUUCCAUUGCUGCCUGCACUGGCCUCUCUCCAAUCAGCCUGUCGGCCUCUGUUGCUUCUGCAUCGCCGGCGUAUCCUGACCAUCUAUGCACUCUGACUCCACAUUCUCCGCCACCAUCACCUUCGCCUUGCGGCCCGUCACCAUGUAUGGCCGUCCUUCACUCACUUUCUCCUGGGCAACCUUGCAACCAGCAUAAAGUCUUUUCCAAACCCACACUUCUUCCUGCCUCCACAACUGGGGUUAAUGUCGGACCCGCUGGUUUUGAUAGACAGUCUCGAAUUCCGGCAGCGGCUAAGGGUUUUGGGCGAUCCAACCUUAUCAAUUGCUCGCGAUCAGAUGCCGAUGGCGAACAAGUCCGUCUAGUCAGCGAGAUUUCCACUUCCGAGUCUCCAUGGUCUCAAGCUACUGCCUUUCAUGCUGCUAAUGCUGGCCUCGCUCGGUCUCCCUUGCGUGGUUAG